UCUGCAUCUCUGAUGACAAAGACAUUCGGGGACGCGCAGACACGCGCACCGAUCCAGAGCCGUUGUGGUGCGCGCACGGAACCGGAGCCAUGAGCUGCAACUGGGGCACGGAGCUGUGGGAUCAGUUUGAUAAUUUGGAAAAACACACCAGCUGGGGAAUUGACUUCCUGGAAAGAUACACCAAGUUUGUUAAAGAGAGAGCCGACAUCGAACUGAGCUAUGCCAAACAGAUCAGGAAUCUGUCGAAGAAAUAUCAUCCAAAAAGAAGCAGAGAAGAAGAGAGCAGGUACAGCUGGUGCCUGGCAUUCGCAACGACUCUCCAUCAGCUGAGUGAGCUCGCUGUGCGGAAGGAGGAGCUCGCCGAAAACCUGAACACUCAGAUCGUGUGCGAGUUGAGCCGAUACACUCAGGAGUUAAAAAUGGAGAGAAAGACGCACUUCCACGAUGGCCGACGUGCCCAGCAGCACAUGGAGAGCUCCUGGAAGCAGCUGGAGUCUAGUAAACGGCGAUUUGAGCGAGACUGUAAGGAGGCAGAGCGAGCUCAGCACACCUCUGACAAAAUUGACUUUGAUAACAAGACGGAUGGAGAGAAGCGCUGCUCACUGAAGGCUCGUCAGGCGGCUCAACAGAAACAACAAGCUGCUGAAGAGUCCAGAAAAGAGUAUGUGGCCAGUUUGAACCAGUUUAACCAGGACCAGCACCAGCAUUACCGAACACUUGUACCAGUUAUAUACCAGCGUAUUCAAGAUAUGGAGGAGCGGCGGAUUGAGAGAAUUGGUGAAGCUAUGCGUUUGACAGCAGAAGCAGAGAGGAAAGUUCUUCCCGUUUUAAGUCACUGCCUGGACACCAUGAUGGACGCCGCUGAGGGCAUCCAGCCUCGGAUGGACACCCAGCAGGUGGUGGAGGUGUACAAAUCAGGAUUUGAUCCUCCAGGUGAUGUGGCAUUUGAAGACUACAGUGCCAAUAUGAAGAGAAGCAUCUCUGAGUCAAGUUACCUUGACAACCGAACUGACGGGCGCAGACACAGCCGCAAACUCUGGCCCUUCAUUCGCAAAAACAAGCUGCUGAAUCUUCUGUCAUCUCCUCGUCAGCCGCCUCCUCCGCCACCGACCUCUCCAUCCCCUGGAGGAGUGGCCAACAGUCCUCAGUCCCCAGCCCAAGCUUCAAGAGAACCAAUCGCACAGCGACUCAAUGACCUCAUGACCUCUGGUGCAAGAACCAGAAAACAGUGUCUGCGCAGCCUGAAGAGAGGGCUGUCACUCAAACUGGGUUCUGGUCCUGCAGACUGCAGCCAUCUUCCUCCAGAAAGACGACGCAAAAAACUUCAAACAAGAAUCAACAACAUCAACCGAGAGAUCCAGCAAGAGAGAGAACAGAGAGAUGCCCUGCUAAAGAUGAGGGAGGUAUAUGAGCGAAGUCCACAGAUGGGCAAUGCCGCCAGUCUGGAGCCACAAUUUGACGAAGUCAAGCAGAAUCUGCAGAGACUGGAGGAGGAGCUACGGAGGAACCAGGCAUGGCUGUUGGAGGUGGAAAGCAGAAUGACAGACCACAGCAGGAGAAGGAAGAGUGGAGAUUGUGGGUUCAAUUCCCAGGCAACAACUCCUGGCAGCAGCAGCCUAAAACAGCUGGAGAACCAGAGUCCAAGCAGCAGACAGAGUCCUGAUGGCAGCUACACUGAGGACCACAGCACAGAGCUCCAUUUUAAAUCUCGUAGUUCAGAGUUUGAUGACGACUUUGAUGAUGAAGAACCUUUACCAAGUAUUGGAACCUGCAAGUCCUUGUACCCCUUCCAAGGUCAAAAUGAAGGUACUCUGUCCAUGGCAGAGGGGGAACUACUUUCUGUGGUGGAAGAAGACAAAGGGGAUGGCUGGACCAGAGUACGGAGGAACCUGGAUGAUGAGGGAUAUGUACCCACCUCCUACAUCAAAGUCUUCCUGGACAGCAAUACUAAAGGAUUUGUGGAGAGCAGUCGGCUGGUCUAAGACUUUGGCUGUAAUUCGAGUCUGCAGUGCAGUGAUGACACCGCGCCGCACACUGUGAUAUGUCAACAAAUUAGCACUGAGGAAAUUGGGUAACAUCUCUGCUACGGACAGUAAAAAUACAUUUGGAUUCAUUAGGUGGCACACUGCUGUCUGUAAGGUGAAAGGACAGUAUUAUUGAUGACUGAACAACCAGCUGUAUCAGAUAUUUCAAAUAAAGGUUCUGCUAUUUGUUAGGUCACAAUAAAAAUUUAACAGAUCAAAAGAUUCAAGUUUUAGUUGCAAAUACUAACAAAAUAAU